AUGUACCUAUCACUCAUCUUUAUGUAUUGUUCUUUAGAAAGGAGCUCCAGCAGCAGUGCUGUCUAUUCUGAAUAUGAGACGUUAACUCAACCGGAUCUGCUGGGGCAUUGGUUUUUGGAUCAACAAAUUUUUGACGCAGGUCAGGCGUACGUCAUGCUAAGUUAUUGUAUGGAUUGGUCAAAGAUGCACAUUGCCUCUUUUCACCCUUCUGCAUUUAUUACUAACAUGUCAAUGGUUGAAGAAUAUAGACGUUUGGAAAAAAAGGCCUCUACUCCCUUAUUACUCUGA